AUGAUGAUGAUGUCUCUGAACAGCAAGCAGGCGUUUGCCAUGCCCCACACCAGCCUGUCCGAGCCCAAAUACUCCAGUUUGCAUUCGUCAUCCUCUUCCACUUUGACAUCCAACGCGCCCUCGUCCUCCUGCUCGUCGUCCAGACACAGCAGCAGCACGAUCAGCAGCAGCGGCAGCUCGGAGGCGAUGCGCCGAGCAUGUCUCCCAACCCCACCGAGCAAUAUAUUCGGGGGAUUGGAUGAGAGUUUGUUGGCCCGCGCGGAAGCUCUGGCGGCGGUGGAUAUAGUCUCGCAGACCAAAAGCCAUCAUCACCCUCCUCACCACAGCCCCUUCAAGCCGGACGCAACCUACCACACCAUGAACACGCUUCCUUGCACCUCCUCGUCCUCCUCGUCCGUGCCCAUCUCGCACCCGUCGGCUCUUGCGAGCCACCACCACCACCACCAUCACCACCACCACCACCAGCCGCACCAGGCACUUGAGGGGGACCUGCUGGAUCACAUCACCCCUGGACUGGCACUUGCCGGAGCCAUGGCAGGGCCAGACGGCUCGGUCGUUUCCACGCCUGCGCACCCUGCCCACAUGGCAGGCAUGAACCACAUGCACCAAGCUGCCAUCAACAUGGCUCACGCCCAUGGGUUGCCAUCCCACAUGAGCUGCAUGAGCGACGUGGAUGCAGAUCCCAGGGACUUGGAAGCAUUCGCUGAGCGCUUUAAACAGCGUCGGAUCAAACUUGGUGUGACCCAAGCGGAUGUAGGGUCAGCCCUGGCCAACCUGAAGAUCCCAGGCGUUGGCUCUUUAAGCCAGAGUACCAUCUGCCGAUUUGAAUCUCUCACGUUGUCUCACAACAACAUGAUCGCGCUGAAGCCCAUCCUGCAAGCCUGGCUCGAGGAAGCUGAGAAGUCACACCGGGAGAAACUGAAUAAACCGGAGCUCUACAACGGGGCCGAGAAGAAGAGGAAGCGGACCUCCAUCGCGGCCCCCGAGAAAAGGUCCCUCGAAGCCUAUUUUGCUAUUCAACCGCGUCCGUCAUCAGAGAAAAUCGCAGCGAUCGCAGAGAAGCUGGACCUCAAAAAGAACGUAGUGCGGGUUUGGUUUUGCAACCAGAGGCAGAAACAAAAACGCAUGAAAUACUCGGCCUGCGUCUAG